UGCAGUUGGUACUCCUGCUUGCGACGCACUUCACUCCUCGAAACGAUCCUCGCUUCGCGGGAUCGCUGAUGACUCCUUCAGACGUCUGCAGACGCCUUGCUUGCCCUUGCCUCGAUCGGUGGACAGGUGUAUGCACGUAGAUUCGUGACUUCUCGAUUGAAAUAAAGUCGCGCGGACGUCUCCGUUCGUAUUAUGGAACCAUACGACGUAAUUGUCAAUCAGCCGGUGGUUAUCGAUAACGGAUCUGGUGUGAUCAAGGCGGGGUUUGCGGGUGAUCAGAUACCAAAAUGCAGAUUUCCAAAUUAUAUUGGAAGGCCAAAACAUGUACGUGUUAUGGCUGGUGCUUUAGAGGGAGAUCUGUUUGUGGGUCCAAUAGCGGAGGAGCAUCGUGGCCUUUUAUCCCUUCGAUAUCCAAUGGAACAUGGCAUAGUCACAGAUUGGAACGAUAUGGAACGUAUUUGGUCUUAUGUUUAUAGUAAAGAUCAAUUAGCUACAUUCAGCGAGGAGCAUCCUGUCUUAUUGACAGAAGCACCUUUAAAUCCAAGGAAGAAUCGUGAGAAGGCAGCUGAAAUAUUUUUUGAAACGUUUAAUGUUCCAGCUUUAUUUGUUUCUAUGCAAGCUGUACUGAGUUUAUAUGCAACAGGAAGAACCACAGGAGUAGUUUUAGAUGCUGGCGAUGGUGUCACACAUGCUGUACCUAUUUAUGAAGGUUUUGCUAUGCCUCAUAGUAUAAUGCGAGUUGAUAUAGCAGGACGUGAUGUUACAAGGCAUCUUAGAUUACUUUUACGCAAGGAAGGUAUUAAUUUCAAGACUACAGCAGAAUUUGAAAUUGUCAGAAUAAUUAAAGAGAAAGCGUGCUAUCUUGCUAGCAAUCCUCAAAAGGAAGAAACAAUAGAAACAGAAAAGUUUCAAUAUGUAUUACCUGAUGGCAGUCACUUGGAGAUUGGUCCAGCACGAUUUAGAGCUCCUGAAGUGUUAUUUAGACCAGAUCUGAUAGGUGAAGAAUUGUCCGAUUUGAGGGUCUUCAUUAUGAAGUAUUACACAAUUUGGAUUUCUGCUUAAAAUAUCCAUAAACUUUUUUUCAUAUUUUAGGGUUUUGGUGACAGAUUAUUGUCAGAGAUUCGUAGGAUGUCACCAAAGGACAUUAAAAUAAGGAUAUCUGCACCUCAAGAACGAUUGUAUAGUACUUGGAUUGGUGGUUCCAUUUUGGCUUCUUUAGACACUUUCAAAAAAAUGUGGGUGAGUAAAAGAGAAUUUGAUGAAGAUGGUAUACGGGCUAUUCAUCGUAAGACAUUUUAAAUUUAAUUUGGAAUACCUCUCGAGAGUGUUAUAUAUCGCGAAUACGUUUAUUAUAUCACAAUACGAAAUAAUGGCACACUCGGCACGAUAACAAAAUAUAUCGCCGGUAAACAUAUUCUUAAUUAUUUAUUUAGGUAAUCGCACGCGCGCGCUCGUAUAAUUUCUAUCGUAUUUCAGGAGAUUAUUAUUUCUGCAUUUCUAAACAUAUUUUUAAUUGUAAGACUUUUGAUGGAGUCUUUAUUGUUGUUAUUUGAAUUAUAUUUUAUGAAUCUAUUGGAAUUAUGUCAGAAAUCAUGAAUUUAUCUCUUGCAAAAUACGUUGAAAUAAAUAUUUUAAAAAUUAAUUUUUUAUUUUGUAUAUCACUAUUUGUGUUUGAUAUACAUUGUGUUUAAUAUAUAUUAGUAAAAUAUAUUUUAAUAAAAAAAAUCGUUUUUC